CAUAUAAAGAGUGCUGCAGCUGAGGUUCACUUCCCCUGAAGUGAACCUCAGCUCAGCUCAGUGAGACAGGAAGCCUUUGAAUCGCUUCACUUGCAAAAACGAUGAUGAAGUUCACUCUGUGGUUGACAGUGGGAGUUUUUGUGUGGGGGCUUACAUCCUGCUCCAUCACAUGUCCUGAUGGGAACAUGUGUUCUGAUUUCGCCACCUGCUGUAUGACUAGACAUGGAUAUAGCUGCUGUCCAUAUCCAAAAGCUGUGUGUUGCGCUGACUUGGCCCACUGCUGCCCCUCAGGGUACCGCUGUAAUGCGCUAACCCAGAUGUGUGAGAAAGAGCUGUGGAUGAAGAUACCCAUGGUGAAGAAGGAGCCUGCACAGGAACCACUCACUCCUGUUCUACCUGUAUCUCCCCCGCAGGAGCUUGAAAACAACAACGUCCCAGACCAAAUAAGGAGCACAGUUGUCCAUUGUGACAACUACUGGUCAUGUCCAGAUGGCACUACCUGCUGCAGACACCCGGCAGGGGGCUGGUACUGUUGCCCAUACAAUCUUGGAAGGUGUUGUCUGGACGGCUAUCACUGUUGUCCAUACGGGUUUGACUGUGACUUCACUUAUACACGCUGCGUGAGGAGAGGUCUGAUAUAUCCUUUCACCCCCAAACAAAACAUGCCUUCAGUCCCUGCCUCUCACAUUUCAUCUACGGAGGACAAAAGCAGCUUGCAAGAGACGCCAAUGACAGCUCUGACAGAAGCCAGUAGCAACAUCAAUGAGGUUGGAGUCAUUCGCUGUGAUGAUAAGUUUUUCUGCUCAGCAGGAACAACUUGCUGCAAAGGGUCCACAGGCAGUUGGAACUGCUGUCCGUACCCACUGGGCCAAUGUUGUACAGAUGGUAAGCACUGCUGUCAGUAUGGAUAUAACUGCGGCCCCUCCGCCCUGUCAUGCAGAAGAUGGUACACUCAGAUCCCCUCAGGAGCACAGGAACAUGCCAAAACAGACUGAAGACUGAAGUCUGUGCACUGUGACAGCUUUGCCAUUACUUUAAUACAUAUUUCAGAUGAAAUCUUACAAUGCAUCAUCAUCAGAUGACAGUUGACUGAGUGAAUGUGCUUAGAACCUCUAAAGAUUAUUUCUGUUAUCCAUGGUGAAUCUAAUUUUAGAUGAUUGGUACUGUAUGGUGUAUCGGUUGGAUGGGAUGUAAACACUCAUUUUAAUUAACAAGCUUAGCAAGAUUUCAUGCAAAAGUUUGCAUCUACUGCAGCAUAUCAUUAGAUAAUUUUAAAAGUCUCAUGAUAGUUUGACCAACAACUCAUUUAAAAUAAAUCUUAAAAUGUAAUACGUAUAAACACUUUUACGCAUAUUAACUCUUCUUUUAAUAAAAAAAUAAAUCAAA